UGGUGUUUAGCCAAUAUGUCAUUUUGAAAAUAAUAAAAUAAGAUCUAUAAGCCCAUUGGCUAUUAGAUUAGAUAUCAAGAUUUGCAAUUUGAGGUUACGAUUUAUUUAUUUAUUUGAUUCAAUUUUGCAAUACUUAAAUAGUGCAAAGAUCUGCAACAUGUUUGUUAAUAUCGUUCUGUAUGUAAACAAAAGUAUCAUAUACGAACUACUAAUUCCUUAUGUGUUCAUUUUAACAUAAUGUUGCUUUGAUAGACUUAUAAAAUGGUUGUGAUCUUUCAUUUGAAAAGAUAUUUUUUCAUUAGGUUUAUAUUUUUAUUAUCUUUGUCUUUAUUUUUAGUGAUAUUUAUUUACCAUAUAUUUGAGAUCUUUGACAAAGUUUAUUCUCCAAGUACAAAAAACUGCCAAUAUAAUGAAAACAUAGAUGUAGUAUACACCUGGGUAAAUGGAUCUGAUCCAGAAUUCUUAAGAAAUUUGAAUGAAUACUUAAAAGAUCACAGGAAUAUUACUUGUGAUGCUUCUAAGCAACGAUUUGAUGAUAAAUAUGAACUAAAAUUCUCUCUCAGGUCUUUAGAGAAGUAUGCCCCAUGGAUAAACCAUGUAUAUAUAGUGACCAAUGGCCAAAUUCCGUAUUGGUUAAAUUUGGAUUAUGAAAAAGUUACCAUUGUUACACAUGAAGAUAUAUUUAAAGAUGUAUCAAACUUGCCAACAUUUUCUAGUCCAGCAAUUGAGUGCAACCUUCAUAGAAUACCAGGACUUUCCAAAAAGUUCAUAUACUUUAAUGAUGAUAUAUUUCUUGGUUCACCAUUGUACUUAGAUGAUUUUUAUACAGGAAGCAAAGGCUUCUUAAUAUAUUUGGCAUGGGCAGUACCAAAUUGUGCUCCAAAUUGUCUAUGGAUGUAUGUCAAUGAUGGUCAAUGUGACAAAGAUUGUUAUAGGCCAGAGUGUCAGAUGGAUGGAGGUGAUUGUGAUGAUUUUGAAGAACAGAGAAAGCUCCUGUUUGACCUCACAACAGAAGCAUUAGAAGAUAAACAUGAAGAAAACGAAACCAGAAAUAUUGCUCUUCAAGAGACUAUUGAAAAAGUCCAGACUAACUUUUAUCGAUCAUUUCUUAAAAAAAUUAAUAACUUCAGUGAAAGUACUAACAAGAGUCAUAUCAGUUUAAUUCUGCCAAAAAAUAUAUCAUUACUGGUUAAAAAUCAUAAUAAGAAGGUCAUUACAACAAAUAAAUUGAAGAGAAGAAGCAGGAGAAGAAGAGGUACUUAUAAGUCUAAAUAUUUUGAGAGAUCAAAGCACUGCAAGAGUAUUGAUGCAUAUAGUGCUUCUUUGCAGCAUACAAAUAGAGCUUUUAAUAACAAAUAUGGAUUUCAAUCAAGAAAAGUACCUGCACAUGCCCCUAUUUUGAUAGACAAAGAAAUAAUGCAUCAACUGGAGGAGAAAUUUAAACAAGAAUUUUUAGUUACAGAAACAAAUAGAGUGAGAAAUGAGAAUGAUAUGCAGUUCUCUUUUUCUUACUAUCAUUUUAUAAUAUCAGAAAAGAAGAGCAGAAGUGUGGGGGAGAUAUUUGAUGAGUUUGAUACAGAUGGGUCCAUGACUUGGUCAGAUAGAGAGAUAAGAACACUGCUUACCCAAAUCUAUGAAUUGCCACUGAGCUAUACAAUUGUAGAUCAUUUUGAAGAAAUAUUGAUGAAUUGUUCAGAGCACAAACAAUUUCCAGAAAUCCAUGCACCCUUAUACGAGAGAUAUAUAGACUCAAAAUUGCCGACAAUUACUAAAUAUCUCAUUGAAGAUUGUCGAUAUCUAUCAAAUAUUCUAUUAGAACGAUUCGAAAAAGUGUUUCGAUAUAACUUUGAGUUGGUUCCUAGCUCUGAGAAUAAGUAUGUACACUUUACGAUGUUAAACUCGAAUAUUAGUGAUGUAGUUGGUAAUUUGGAUGAAAUUAGAAGGAAUAAAAGGAAAUUUGUGUGUUUAAAUGACAAUUUGGACGAAUCAAAAUCGUCAGAAAACGAACUAGUCAGAGCCAUACUAUACGACUUCUACCUCUCAUUGUUUCCACGGCCCAGCAAAUUUGAGCUGCCGCAAGAAUUGAGGAACAAAUUUUUGUACAUGGAGGAAUUGAAUACGUGGAAACAUAACAGAAGUCUAGUUAGGUUAGCUUUAUACAGCUUUUUAUUUGUGAUAUUAUGUUUUACUGUUUAUAACAACUGUAAGAAGAAGUGUUGCCAAAUAGUCAAUAAAGUUUUUUGUUAA